UUUCCUCUCCGUGCAUACUGGUUUUGGGCGCGCUAGGCUUGUUUACCGAAAAAUGCGGUCACGUAGGCUAUUGUCGACUUCAAAAGGAGAAAAGUUGGAAGGCACCUUCCUCGGUAGUAUCGACAGUGUUAAUUGUUAUUCUUGAAGCUCCACCUCCACAUUUUAUGUUAAUUUCAACGUUAUUCUGCUCUGCGUGUGGGACUGCUUUGUAGCCUAUCUGCGGCGGUCCAAUGUAAAUAGCCUUGGACAGCCACUAACUACACUGAGGGUAAACGGUGUUUGGAGAGAACGAAAUCGUGAUUAUCUGAUUAUGUUAUGUUGACAGCCAAGGAGCGCAUGUCUGUGAAUAUUUUAUCUAACAAAACCAGAGAAGAGGAACUCACCUUGUAUUUAAACAUGGGAGGUCAGAUAACAAGACAUACCUUGUACGAUUCUCUGGGUGGCCCCUUCCCCACCACAUCCCACCGCUAUCACCAUAAGCCCACCAAGCAAUGUCUGCCCGUCCUGCAGUGUGGGAGCAGCCUGUCCUCUUUUCCCCUGCUCUUCCACCCCAGUGCCAAGGGCUCCCAGAUCAUCAUGGACGUGGCCCAGAGGACCGUCAAGAGGCAGGCCAGCUUCUGCAAUGCCAUCACCUUCAGCAACCGGUCCAUUGCCCUGUACGAGCAGGUCCGCCUCAAGAUCACUAAGAAGCAGUGCUGCUGGAGCGGAGCCCUGCGUCUGGGCUUCACCUCCAAGGACCCGUCCCGCAUCAACCCAGACAACCUGCCUAAGUAUGCCUGCCCAGAUCUGGUCUCCCAGAAUGGCUUCUGGGCCAAGGCCCUGCCCGAGGAGCUGUCCAAUGAGGGUAAUGUCAUCUCCUUCUGGGUGGACAAGAAGGGUCGUGUGUUUUACCGCAUCAAUGGCUCCAGCCCCAUGCUGUUCUUCAGCGGGGUCCAUGCCUCCGAGACACUCUGGGCUCUCAUAGAUGUCUACGGACUGACACGAGGGGUCCAGCUACUGGACAGUGAGAUGGUGCCUCUAGAAUGCCUGCGUCCUCGCUCCUUCACCACCGCCCACCGAGCAUCGCUACGGCGGGACCCAGACGACCUUUCUAUUAGCCUGUGUGACCUCAGCCUUCAGGAGCAGGAGGAAGAGGAGCGCCUUCACCCCCUCAGCUCCACCUCUUGUUCCAUCCCCCAGAACUCCCUCAACUCCCAGCAGUGCUCCCUGCUCCCCUCGCUCCUCGACAGCGAUCUCCACUUCCACCCGCUCCGAGGCGCCCACAUCAAGGCCCUCGAUGAGCACACGGUGUCCCGGGGCGUGGAGCAUCGCAGCGGUGAUGAGAGGACCCUGGUGUUCACCAGCCGGCCCCUGCGUUGCGGAGAGAGCGUGUUCGUGAAAGUGACUAAGACGGGUGCCACACGUCUCGGUUCACUCUCCUAUGGCGUGACGUCGUGCGACCCGGCUUGGCUUCGUCCGAGCGACCUACCAUACAGCCCGGAGUCCCUGGUCGACCGCAAGGAAUUCUGGGCGGUGUGUCGGGUGGGGGCACCCCUGCAGAGUGGUGACAUCCUGGGUUUCGUGGUGAACGCGGAGGGGGAGGUGUUUCUGAGCCACAAUGGAAUCAAUGCAGGGAUGCAGGUGUGUGUGGACAACUCCAGACCUCUGUGGAUGUUCUUCGGUCUGCAUGGAGCCGUCACACAACUCAAGAUCCUAGGCUCGUCUCUGAAUGCAGACCCUCGAGGACUGUCAAUUCCCAGCUCCCCCAACACCCCCACUCUGUGUUGCAGCGUCAGCUCCGAGCCCAACUUCAACUCCAACCUGAACAUCAACCUCAACACCAGCCUCAACGCCAGCAACCCACCAGCCUUCAGCAGCUCCACAGGUACGAGCCCCAGCUCGCCAUUCUCCAGCCACUCGGAAUCCCCCACCUUCCCAUCAUGCUCUGGCUCGUGGAGUGACGAGUGCACCAUCUGCUAUGAGAACGUGGUGGACACAGUGCUGUACGCCUGUGGUCACAUGUGUCUCUGCUACGCCUGUGGCCUCAAACUGAAGAAGAUGGCCAAUGCCAGCUGCCCGAUCUGCAGGAGGACAAUCAAAGACAUUAUAAAGACCUACCGGAGCACGUAGGAUCUGCCUGGCUGUGUAACAUCAAGGCUCAUUCAUCAAAGAAACCAUUGAGACGUAUUGGAGCAUGUACGUUUGGCCUGACUGUCUCAAUAUUGCUCAGCAACAUUAUGAGAUUCAGCAUCAUGCAGUUGGACCAUCAAAGAUAUCAGAAAAACAUGUUGGGAUAUGAAUACAUUGUAAAGAUUAACAGGAAGAGGUAAUGCUGGCCUCCAGUGUGUCAUUGUGGCCCAGAUACUGGAUUGGGUUCAGCCACCAUGGAGCUGGACUUAACCAGGAGGGAUCUGGCUCACUCUCUGCAGAACAAUCAUCAUUCAUUCCACUGAUGAUAUCAUUGCUACUAGGAUGUUUCAGAGACAUGAAUCUCUCCAGAGCCUUGAAGACAGCAAGGGGAAUUAUCUAUCUAUGGUUUUAUCAGCACCCUGGACCUAUCAUUCAGAAUGUUGCAGUUAUAAAUGUAUUGUACAGCACAUCACUCAAUAUCAUGAAAGAUGGAGAAUUGUGUCUGUUAGGGCUGUGAGAGUCAUUGAAUUUUGGAUAACGGUAUGUGGCCAGCCAAAUGACCGCGGUCACCAUAAUGACAAAUUUAGACUGACAUUUUAUCCACCGCCCAUGAUUGCAUGUGCUCUCAGAUAAUUGAAUGAAUUGAACGGGCUUCGCCAUUCAUGUCAGUGAUGACAUAAUAGGUGGACGGGCAGCCAUUGUGAGUGUACCAAUAGGAGCAAAGCAGGAAGUAAAAUAUGUGCUGUGAUUUGUUGAUUCAACUGAACUGACAUUACAUGAGCCACAUCAGUUAACAUAAUGUAAAUGAACAUUCUGCAUUACCAUGAAAAUGAUUGCAUCCCAAUACCAGGCAGUCAUUGCGAGUAGUGUACCCAUGAGUUCACCAGUCAAAUUGCCAGGGUAUAAGGUUACAAGCCCAUUAUAUUCCUUCUAUGUCUAUGUGUCCUGCUGCUGCAUUGUGGGGGGUGUUGCCUAGGCAACCAAAGACUAAUUUGCUUGUUUCAGCAAGUUGUUAAGAGUCCACGUUACAUCCGAAAUGGACUCAACCGCAUGAAUGCCCUUCCGUCCCAUUUUCAGUCAGCAGUUCGUUAUGACAGUUAUUUUAUUUUCAUAACGGUCUUCAUACAUAACUGUCAGUUAUACAGUAAUUGUGGCAGCCCUAGUGUCUGUACAAUUCAUUUCCAUCUGUGACGCUCUGAAUGUUCCGCCUGGUUGAAUAAUAACGUUACCCUUUGGACAAGUGACUCAUGAAUGAAGAGGACAUGCAGUUUUUAGUUUGUUUGGUUGGAGAAGAAAGUGAAAGAUAUUGCCAUGAAUAAGUGAUGGUGUAAUCAGAGGAAGUAUUUUACCUGUGAAAAGUAAGGAAUAUAGUAAUUAGCUGUGUGCCUAUGGUGCAUGAAUAAUCCCUUACAUGCAUUCUCUACUCAGUCUCAAAGACACUGUAGGGAAGAUCACAUGCAGGCAAAAAUGUGAGAAUACAGUCAGCUGGUCACCAUAGAAUGUUAUAGAUUCAAGAUGGAUAUAAAUCUAUGUGGAUAGAGCAGGGGUGUCAAACUCAUUUUGCCCCGCGGGGCCGCAUUCGGUUUUCAACAAGGUCCGGAUGGCUCCACUGAAAAUGUGUUAUUUCCUUACCAUCAAAAUGGACAAAUUGUCUUUUGGAAUUUUCAAUGCUCCUUGACUGUCUAGCUUUAAUUUAGAUGAUUAUUAGCGAACUGGACACAGUAAAAAAAAAAACUGUAUGAAUGUAGAUUCAUUAUCAUUUAUACACAGUUUCGAUUUGUUAUAUUGAGUUUGUCCUGUCCGUCUGUCCCCCCUCCCAAACAUGUUUUGUUACUCAAACCACCUGCGGGCUGGAUUGGAUCCCCCAUGGGCUGUAUGUUUGACAUCCCUGGGAUAGAGGAUGUUCUGUGUAUAGUGAGGGAGACGUGACCAUAGACUUCGUUACACAGUGUAGGGGCACUUUGGUCCUGUGUGUGUGUCUGCACAAUGUUCAGUGCACAGAAACCCUUAGCAAAGACGCAACAUAUAUACGCAACAUAUAUCAAAGCUCUAACUGUCUGAAGGGUCGUAAAAUGCUGACUCUAUUGUACAGCCAUCUUCCUGACUAUCUUCUAACUAUCUCUGGUUAAUUAUUGUGCCAUUUCCUGGGUGUAUUGGAAGUAAUCGCAGGUUGAAGUUUAUUGGGAUGAGUCUUGUCCUUCAGGCAGAACUGAACGAUUUCCACUAGAUGGGAAAACUCCAAAGUCAAAAUGGUCUAUACUGUAAAAAUGAAUGAACACAAAACUGUGACCCACCACCUUGUAAAAAAUUGUGUUUUUUACAUUGGUAGAGACUCAGAGCUAUUUUUUUUAAUAUCAUACACUGCAGUUGAGGAACAAUGGGAAAGUAAUUGUGCUUUGAAAGUCGAUGAACUUGUAACCCCACUUUUGAGAAAAUAGCCUUAGAAUGUUUUGGUACACCUACUGGAGAGCUCUUCUAUGUCUACACCCAUUCAGCAUCGUUCACACACUCCUAAGCCUUAGCCCCACCCAUCUCUUUAAAGAUUCACGUGUGAGGCUGUGCUAAACAGAGUGAGUAAGGUUGUGUAGUAAACAACCAAAGAUUAAGACUAAAAGUAUAGAAAGUAGUAAUCAAAUCAAAUCAAAUUUUAUUGGUCACAUACACGUGUUUAGCAGAUAUUAUUGCGGAUGUAGCGAAAUGCUUGUGUUUCUAGCUCCGACAGUGCAGUAAUAUCUAACAAGUAAUAUCUAACAAUUUCACAACAUAUACUCAAUUCACACAAAUCUAAGUAAAGUAAUGAUGAAUUGUGAAUAUAUACACAACCGUUCAAAAGUUUGUGGUUACUUAAAAAUGUUCUUGUAUUUGAAAGAAAAGCACAUUUUUUUGUCCAUUAGUAUAACAUCAAAUUGAUCAGAAAUACAGUGAUUACAUUGUUAAUGUUGUAAAUGACUAUUGUAGCUGGAAACAGCUGAUUUUUUAAAUGGAAUAUCUACAUAGGCGUACAGAGGCCCAUUAUCAGCAACCAUCACUCCUGUGUUCCAAUGGCACGUUUUGAUAGCUAAUCCAAGUUUAUAAUUUUCAAAGGCUAACCAACUAAGUUAAUAACUAUAACUAGCAAUGCAAAUGUCUUUCUGAGAUACUCCCCCCUUUAUUUAACUAGGAAAGUCAGUUGAGAACAAAUUCUUAUUUACAAUUAAGGCUGACACCAGCCAAACCUGGAUGAUGCUGGGCAAAUUGUGCGCCACCCUAUAGGACUCCCAAUCACGGCCUGAUGUGAUACAGCUUGGAAACAAACCAGGGACUGUAGUGACGCCUCUUGCACUGAGAUGCAGUGCCUUAGACCGCUGCACCACUCGGGAGCAAAAAUAGGAAUAUUAAAAUGACUUUCUGACUAAAUUAGAAACGUAUAAUAUCUGAAAAUGUAGCUAGACUCUUACCCUUAUACAUGGAUGAACGCUUCUCCCUCACUGUCAUGGAUUUCAUGGUUGCCCUUAGUUUGAAGAUGUAAUCCAGAGACAGGGGUUUUAUACAACAGCCUUCUGUGUUCUCUUUUCAACUCCCACCGCAUUUGCAAUCAACUUCCGUGACAACAACACUGUUGAUCUCCAUUUUUUCCUCAUUUUCCUCAUUGUCUGAUUAAUUUUCAGAGUCAGCAUGGCAUGAUUGUUCUCCAGAAAGUACUCCAUCACAACUUUUUCCCAUUGAUCUUUGUCAAUAGUUUUAUGUUAUCCAAAGUUACUCCUUGGCACCCCUGUUAUCCAAGGUACUGUACUUUACUGUUCUAAUGAUUGUUUUAAAUACAAAACCAUGCUUGAGCUUCUUUCUCUGUUACUGUAAGGUUGCAUGCGUCCAUCAAUAUUGUUAUGGUAAAGGUAACCUCGUCCCCAGAAUAAUUGCAAAAGAGCCGGCUGGUGGACAAUAUUAUAGUAAAGGAAAAAGGAUAUUUCUCCACUGUUCCCCGGGGAACCGAAGACGAAGAUGUCGAUUAAGGCAGCCCCCCCACACCUCUGAUUCAGAGGGGUUGGGUAAAAUGCUGAAGACAUAUUUCAGUUAAAUGCAUUCAGUUGUACAACUGACUAGGUAUCCCCCUUUCACUCUUUCAGUGAGAAAUUCCCUGUGUGAUAUAUAUAAUGCUUUCAUGCUUUGUGUUUUUGCUGUUUACACAGGAAACUGUAAACAUCUGUGUCAUCACAUGUGUGGAAGUCAUGGAUCUAGCUAGCUGAUUAUUGUUGCACAGUGUGUGAGCUUUAGACUUGAAGUGCUGCUUUCUGUAUUUUAGGCAAAUCCUUUUAACAAACUAAUCUUUUAAGUUUUCAUAAUACAGUGUUUUUAAUCUAAAAUGUUUAAAAGACAACAAUGGUCAUGUAUAGAGGAAAAACAAGCCAUUUUUCAGGUUCAUCAAAAAAAGAUUGAAUUCUAUGUACAUUUUCUUAAAGAAUGUGUUGGUUCAUGGUGUCAACAUGUUCCAUCUCAUCCCUCUGUUACGGAAACUGAUCAAGAUAGAAUAUGAUAGAAGAGUAUAUUCUUGUGUUGCCUUUUGGAGAAGGGAACUUUGAUCAGUUACAACACUGUAAAAUGUUCUGGCAAAUGAAUAUUCAGGUGAAUAUUUACUCCAUUUCACUCCUACAUGGGAAUGAAGACUUGCGUAAAUUACACAUCCCAUCUAUUUAUGUCAAAAUGUGGUGUUUAAAAGCCAACAUUUGAGUGUGAGUAAUGUGUGUAUGAAGUUAUUCAUUGCUGUUAAUAGACACUGUCUAAAUAACACAAGUCCCCCGAUGUCAUUGUAUUGCAUAAUACUGGAAUUAUAUUGGCUCGAGAAGUGGUCCGCUUUGAUUUUUCUAGUGGUUCAGGUUUUCUGAACACGUUAGUACAUACAGAGAUCAACCAUGGAGACAUUUUAACAGAGAAAAAGUAUGAUAAUGAUAUUGUGUUGUACAGUACGAUCAUUAUUUAUUUUGUCAAUCAUAUUAUUAAUUAUUAUGUUUGUUUUAUAUAUUGUACAGGAUGUCAAAAAUAACAAAUAAAUGUAGAGGUCUUGUCAAUUGUUUCAUUUCCAGAGGUGAAAAUAAAAAAGUUAACCUACUGUACAGUGUGGGUUGAAAUAUGAUUUUAUCCAAAAAGGUCUUUCCCAAAGACACUAGUUUUAGUCCUCUUCAAUUUUACGAAUGUUCAAUCUUAUAUUGCAACAAGUGUUGUACUGAAACAUGGACAAAAUGCACUCUCUCACACAAUCUCUUCAUCCCUUUAUUUUAUAUUCAAUAUCUAUAACCGUAAAAUGGGACCAAAUAUUUACAGUCCAGGCACAGCCAUAUGAGACAGGGUAGAAGUAUUGAUUUUUGAAGCAGAAAUCAUAAAGAAGUCAUUGUUUGUUCUUUCUACUUUCAAUUGAUAAUUUUGUCAAAACAUCCCUCUGUGUGUACAAUAAUUAUUAAGAUCAUUUUCUGAGUUGCAACAUCAUGUUCACUGUGUGAGUCAGAUGGACAUGACUUUCAAUAAAGUUUAAGCGGUGUUAA